UCUUUCCAGCUUCAGCUGGAACCCUCUGAUUCUCUCUCUCAAAUUUUCUCUGUAAAUCUUGAAUCUUAGAUUCUUAUUUCUUAAUAAAUUUUAUUCUUUCCCUCAACUUUUGCCUAAUAACAAAACCCUCCGAUACAUUCUUCCAGACUUCUCUCUUCUCUCUUCUCUAUUCUCCUACCUUCUUCUUCUUGCCCUUCUUUCACCGAAUCUCUUGGAGGGUUUUGUCCUUUUUCUCAUUUUUCUUCCUCUGCAUACUCUGAACUCAAGUUUCAACCUUUUGUUCUUUUUGUCUAAGCCAUGAAUUACCCGCUCAUUUGUAACAAUAACUCUUUUAGUACAAUCAGUCCGAAGGUUCCAAGAGUCCGAGAUUUCAAUGUCAAGCCUAUGUUUUGUACUUCUUUUCACAGCAAUAACCCCAGUAGCAACACCGUUAACAGAGGUUUCAAGCUGCCCUUGAUUGAUAAAACUAGGCCUGUGUUGAGUCCCAACAUAGUGAGAACAGGGUCAGGUGAAGUUUCUGUGAGGGAAAGCAAGAGGGGGAAGGGAGAGAAAGAUGUUAAGAGAGGGUUUGGGGAAGUGGGAAUUAGGCAGAUGUUGGUUUUGUGUGGUUUGGGGUAUUGGGUGCAAGGUUUCAGGUGUUUUCCAUGGCUGGCUCUCAACUUUCACAUGGCUCAUAACCUUAACUUGCAUCCUUCAACUUUGCAGCUUGUGCAGUAUUCUGGAAAUCUUCCCAUGGUGGCCAAACCUCUUUAUGGGAUUCUCUCUGAUGCUCUUUAUAUUGGCGGUGCUCAUAGAAUUCCUUAUAUUUGCAUUGGAGUCCUCUUGCAGAUCCUGUCUUGGGGGCCAUUGGCAUUAGUUCCUGUUGUUGGUAAAGCUCUUCCAACCCUCAUGGCAUGUGUCCUUCUCAGUAAUCUUGGAGCAUCCAUUGAAGAAGUUGCAAAAGAUGCUGUUGUAGCAGAGUAUGGCCAAAAACACAGAAUGGUUGGUCUCCAGUCUUAUGCCUUUAUGGCUGCAGCUGCUGGUGGAAUUCUAGGCAACUUACUAGGUGGAUAUAUCUUACCCAAAGUGCCACCUACAACCAUGUUCCUCAUGUUUGGUGUUCUGUUAUCUGUUCAACUUACAAUCUCAUUAUCCGUAAAAGAGGGAUCUCUUGGUUUGGCUCAACCAUCUCAUUAUGAUGUUCCAAGAAAAUCAAUUUCAGAAAGCAUUAAGAAACAGAUAUCCAAUCUGGUUAUGGCAAUUAGUGAGGAAAGCAUAUCCCGUCCUCUUACGUGGCUUGUAGCAUCUGUUGCCAUGGUCCCUAUUUUGUCAGGCUCAAUCUUUUGCUAUCAAACUCAAUGUCUUAAUCUUGAUCCUUCAGUAAUUGGGAUGUCACGAGUGAUUGGCCAGUUGACACUUCUGACAUUGACUGUACUAUAUGACCGGUACUGGAAGAAGGUUUCCCUGAGAAAAUUGAUUGGGAUAGUGCAGAUUUCGUAUGCUUUUUCCCUCCUUCUUGACUUCAUUUUAGUGAGACAGAUCAAUCUUCAAUUAGGAAUUCCAAAUGAGGUGUUUGCCCUUUGUUUCUCUGGUUUAGCAGAAACUCUUGCACAGUUUAAGCUCCUCCCCUUUUCAAUGCUAUUGGCAAGUUUAUGCCCACAGGGUUGUGAAGGCUCACUCACUUCUUUUUCAGCUUCAACAUUGUGUCUAUCAUCAAUUGCCAGUGGGUUUUUGGGUAUUGGAUUGGCUUCUCUGAUUGGAAUAACAUCUCAAGAUUACUCAAGUUUGCCUGUGGGUAUCUUAAUACAGUUUCUUGCGGCCCUGGUUCCAUUACUAUGGAUUCAUCAUGUUCCCAUGUCCCAACCUCUUGUUGAGAAGGUAGGAAAGAAAGGUAUGAGUAAACGAACUCGAAAAAAUAGAAGAGUUGGAAAAGUUGUGCUGGAUUCAGUAUAUGUUUACCGCCGUGAAAGAGAAUCUGGGGCACAGAAAUGAACAAUUACUUAUGGUUCUGCAUCAAGUUUUGAGAACAAAGACCAGAACAGAAGAAUCUUAUGGGUCUUCUGAUCCUCGUUUCUGGUCAUCUAUCUUGAAUUGAUCAUCUGUAGUAGCUCUGAGGUCACAGUUCUGGUCACAAGUUCAAGAUAAUCUUGUUUAAGCCACAGCUCACAGCCUCACAGUGACCUGUAUGCCAAAAGUUUCGUGGUCUUGAAAAAAGGCGAUUAGACUCCAAUGAAGAGGAGUAUUUUUGUUUUUGCCGCGGUUCAUAUCAUAACU